GUCGGGAAGGAAAUGAUUCACAGAAACGCAUAUAUUUACGGCUAGUAGGCCUACUUUAUACGCGAUUCUGUCCAGUGUCGUCCAAAGUUCGUCCCGGGUGGAAUAAGUGGUAAAUGGGAGUGGAUUCUGAAGUUAACCAUUUUUUCGCUUUGUUCAUUUUCUUGAACAAAUUGCACAACUAACGUUAUAUCUCUGCUUUUAUCCAGAUUGAAAUCUCUAGAGGAUAAAAGAAAAUAGUCAUGCCUGAGUUUCCCAGCAACAACCUUGUUCUUGGUGGUCUAGUAGCGUGUGCUGUAGGUGUGUUAGGUAUCUCAUAUCUCCUACGUAGAGACAGACGCAAGUUCACUCAGGUUGGAGUAGUGUCUAAACUCUUUGUCCAUCCUAUCAAGUCAUGCAGAGGGUUGGAGGUUUCUCAGGCCGAGUGUGUUGCUCUUGGGAUGAGGAGUGAUGGAGUCAUGGACAGAUCUUUUCUCAUCGUAUGUCCUGAAGGCAGAUUUGUGUCCCAAAGACAGCAACCAUCCAUAGCUUUGAUAUCUCCAUCUCUCUCGGAAGACAAAGAGAGUGUGUUGGUCAACGCUCCUGGAAUGCCAACUCUCACAGUGCAUCUCGAAGACCCAAAGGGACCUGUCUAUAAUAUCAAGUUAUGGAGAUUGAUGGUCGAAGGUGAAGACUGUGGUCAAGCAGCCAGUGAAUGGCUCAGCCAGUACCUAGGAUCACCUGGUUAUAAAUUAGUACGCCAUUCACAGAGAUUCAAGGGGAAGAUAUUAAGAGAUGACCCUACAUGGGGAAGCAGAGCUAAGAGAGGAGAACAGGCGACUUAUCAGGACCUUGCCCAAGUCAACAUUUUGAGCGUUGCUUCCCUUGAUAGCUUGAACUCUAAGUUAGACAAACCAGUGCAGAUCAGAAACUUCAGACCAAAUAUUGUGGUGGAAGGAACCCCUGCAUUCUAUGAGGACAAGUGGAAAUAUGUGCGUAUUGGAGGAGAUGCUGUACUGAGGACAACCCAUCUAUGUGGCAGAUGCCGUCAAACUACCGUUGAUCCAGAUACAGGAACAUUCAUUGAAAGUGGAGACCCACUGAAGACACUCAAGUCAUAUCGAAUGGCGCCCUCUGGUGAUCCCGAUGGGAAACUCUAUGGUACAUCUCCUCUCUUUGGUACUCAGCUUGCCGUUGAGUCCCAUGGCUCUAUCAAGCUGGGAGAUCCUGUCUUUGCCAGCAUGGACUGAUCUCAAUAUCCCAGUCAUAUCAUUUUCAUAUUUGCAAUUUACUUCCUGAAAUAAUCCUCAAUCUUGAUUUGUACGAUACAUGGCAUUAAUUAUUAUUUCAUUAUAUGGCAUUACUGCAGUCAGGAAGCAGAGAUAGUCUAUGGAGAAAUGAAUUUUAUAUAGAGUAUGGAACAAAAUCAAGACUAAACAAUAGUUAAUCACAUAUUAAGUAUUGAGUGUCAGUUCUAUUAACAGUUCGCAUUUUCAAAUUGGUAUUCUGAAUGGUCUUAUUGGAACCUCAUUGGUAUAUGAAUAUGAUUAUGAUAACAUUGCUAUGAGUGUGUAAGGAGGCAAACAUGUGUUUAAGACUGCCGGGGAGUUAUUUUUCUUUUCUUUUUCUUUCCAUUUUGAUGGAUUAAAAUAAUCAAAUGGAAUAAAUCAAAUAUCAGUUGCAUCAAGAAAUAAAUAUAGAUAAACAAACAAUGAAAAUGCAGCAUACAACUUGGAUACAGAUCAAAAGUCAUAAUAUUUUUCUUCCAGUUCAUUUUUGUCCACAUCUAAAUAAAAGACGUAAUUAGGAUAUUAGUGUAUCUUGCUAUAAUUGUCUUCCAUUUGUUAUGACCCGUUAAACAUUGCUCUAAAAUCAUUUUUUUUUGUCGCAAAUUAAGAUUGUACUCUUGAUGUUGUUUAUCAUGUUUUGUUUAGUUCUCAUUUCAUGACAAAUUAAGAAUGCUCUUAAUGUCAUAGUGAUUAAAAAUACUCACUAGGUAUACAGAUGACAUGGGUUUUGAAUGCAUCCCUUAAUACCUAUCUGCAUGUAGUUGUGAUGGAAAAAAUAAAUAACAUAAUGUUAAUUAGUUAAUGAUCAUGUUUGGAUAUGCUGUUAUUCUUUGGAUAUGUAAAUUUUACUUAUAAAAAUCUUUCCUUCUAUCAACAUUGAAUUUAAAAUUAGAGCUUUUAUUUGUAAUCUAAUGUAAGGUUCAUAAAACUUGUACUACAUCACUACAAGAAUGUAAUUUCAACUAAUAUUUACGUAUCAAUAUUGAUAUAGAUAGUGAAAGGAUAUGUUAGUGUUUAGCUGGGGUUGGAUGCAUAUUGCUUGUAAAUUAAGUAGUUUAAUGGGUUAGCUGUUUUAGUUUUACUAGUACAUGUACCAACAAUAGAACUCAAAAGAAUCGGUACAAAUACAUCUAUGCUUUAUUUUUAUUUUGUUUACCACUUUACAUCUUUGAAAUGCCCACUUUGCUGAACUGUUCAUAUCCCCACAUUGGACUAUUCAAUUGUGCAUAAUUAGUUUAGUACAACGAGUAAUGUGAGCGUUCAAGAUGUUUGUUUUACCCGUAAUAGCUGACUUGUCUCAUCAGGUUGAGGGGCAUUGCUAUAUUAAGCAAAGUAGUGCUCUCCGCAUCAUUUGAUAAAUCAAUUAAUGAGGCAUUUUAUGAUUUAUGUUUUUUAGCUUACUUAUGAGCUGCACAUGUACUCAAAUGCAUACAUUGUAUGGAAAGAACUUACUUGAUCUAUCAUGGCUUAAAUGUUUAUUUUUAUACAAGUAUUGAUGUUUAAUAACUAAUAAAGUAAAGAAUAAUUAUAUGGAUUCUAGUAGCCCCUAUAUUUAGCAUUUAAUGCUGUAUAUUUUAGUUACAUAUACCUCAUAUAUUAGUUACAUAUACCUCAUACAUAUACCAAAUUCGUAAUUCUGUAAUAAAAAUAAAUGGUGAAAUACAAUAUGUCAUUAUAUUGGUUCCUGGUAUGUUGUUUUCAACACAUUUUUUUUACUUAGUGAGAGGGAUAUUGAUGAAUGUUUUAAAUGGCGUAUUAUAAAUAUUUUGCAACAA